GGUUAGGUGAGAUUUUCCUUUGAGCGCCCGCUAACAGCGCACGCCCUCGGUAAAAGUCAUUCUGUGACUGAUCUACCCCUCCCUCCCUUCCUCCUCUUGCUCCUUUUUCACUCGUGCUGCUGCCCAUUUUCCCCAGUCCGUCCGCCACGGACGAACGAAGGUUCGGUCAGCGUGGACGUCCUUCCAACUCCCUGCUGCCAUGGAGGAAGGCGCAUCCCCCCACCGUGUAGCGCCCUGGUACCCCUGCAUUCCCUUCAUUCACUGAGUCCUGCAGUAGUAGUUGGUUGCGCCAUGGACGGAGAGGAUCGUGAGUCAGAGGAAUGGAGGUGCGCCGGCUUGGGGAUUGACAUACCAGGCGACCCCCCUGCUCAUAGGCCCCUUCUUCCACCUCCGGAUGCAUCAUUUGCAGAUGUAAGGUUAUGCCAUUUUGUUUAUGUAUAUUUCAUUUUGUUUGCAGUGAGUGACUAGUAUGUCGGUUUAGGGUUUACAAAUUGAUUGGGGCUCCAUAGAAAUUGAGGAAAUAUGGGAGGAAGAAGGAGCACAAGAGGUUGUGUCAGAGGCUGUCAUGUAUGACAAGUUGGGCUUAAUGGAUGAAGAUAAUCAGGAAUCGAAUGCGAGACAACAAGCUUUUAGUUGUAGACCAUGUCCAGUUCGCAACAGAAAUGAUGAUUCUGAUGAUGAAAUAGGUGCAUUACCCUACAAGGAUGCUAUACGAGGAGAGCGAAUAUUAGUUUGUAACCGAUCGAACCCUAUUAUGAAGGUUGGUAGUUUAUACAAGGAUAUGAAAGAAUUUAGACUGGCUAUAAGGCAAUACGCGAUUAACAAUGAGUUUGAGUUAGGAAUUGAGUCAAGCGCUCCAUUCAGAUAUCGUGGUUACUGUAAAGGUGGUGAUUGCCCUUGGAGAAUUAAUGCGAGACCCGAAGUUGCUGGUUCCCCCACUAUAGUUGUUUCAGUCAUUGUUGACCACCACACUUGCACUUCUAGUGGUCGAAGGAAGACCACAACACCAACCAGCUCAUGGGUUGCCUCCUUAGCGCUUCCCAUCCUUACCAACAAACCGCAUAUGGGAGCUAAAGAAUUGCAGACCCUAUUACAAGAGCAGCACAAUUGCAGUAUUGCUUAUGAUACCGUCUGGAAAGGGAAAGAAAAGGCCCUAACAGAGUUAUAUGGCAGCUGGGAGGAUAGCUUCAGACUAUUGUUUAGUUGGAAGGAAGCUGUAUUGGAGGUUAUGCCAGAUUCAAUGAUUGAGUUUGAUCUUGUAGUUGAGGCUGGGAAACUUUAUUUCAGUAGAUUCUUUUGUGCUUUCGGCCCUUGUCUGCAAGGAUUUCGUGAAGGUUGUAGGCCCUAUUUGAGUAUUGACUCAACUGCACUCAAUGGUAGAUGGAGUGGUCACUUACCCUCUGCUACUAGUGUUGACGGGCACAAUUGGAUGUUUCCAGUAGCAUUUGGUUUCUUUGAGUCUGAGACGAAAGGGAGUUGGGUUUGGUUCAUGAAACAGUUACAUAAGGCCAUUGGAGACCUUCCUCUACUAGCAAUUUGUUCAGAUGCUUGCAAAGGACUAACUGGAGCGGUGGAGGAAAUAUUCCCUAAUGCUGAGAAGAGAGAAUGCUUUCGCCAUCUAAUGCAAAAUUAUGUGAAGCAUUUCUCUGGUUCCAAACACAUGUAUCCUGCUGCACGGGCUUACAGAAGCACUGUCUUUGAGCACCAUUUUGCUAAUGUAAGGGAUGUGAUGGGAGUCAAGAACUGUCUAGAUGAGUGGCAUCCUUUGUUGUGGUAUAGAUGUGGUUUCAACCCAGCGAUAAGGUGUGAUUACAUAACAAAUAACAUUGCAGAGGUUUUCAACAACUGGGUGAAAGACUACAAAGAUCUUCCUGUUUGUGAACUGGCUGACAAGAUCAGAAGCAUGGUUAUGGACCUUUUUUUAGAAGAAGGAGGAUCGGGGAAAAAUUGGGUGGAAAGAUACUACCUGCAAUCCUAAAUGUCUUAAAGGCCAAAACAAGAGGGUUGGGUCAUUUGGCACUUCAAAAAGGUGAUCAUUACCAUGCCGAGGUGAGGGACACCACCAACAUUCAGUCUCGGCACAUUGUAAAGGCCGAACAGAGAUAUUGCUCAUGUCUGGAAUGGCAGCACACUGGGAAACCUUGUCAGCACGGUCUUGUGGUUAUAAUAGCGCAACAGUUGCGAGAUGUAGGAAUGGAGCAUUUCGUUGAUGAUUAUUUUUCAGUGGACAAAUUUAAAAAAGCUUAUGGUAGAAUGAUUGAGUCCCUGGGUGAUAAGUCCUUUUGGCCCAAAGUCAACCUAGCCGACGAAGUAGGGGCACCACUUGGGAAACGAUCUGUUGGUCGACAGAGAAAGAAUAGAAUUAAAAGUUGCCUUGAAGGUGGUAAAGGAAAGAAAAAAGUAUCUGGAAAUGAAAAUGAAAAUGAGAGAAAGAUACUAAGAGGAAAGAUAAAGUGCCCAAAUUGUGGUCAACUAGGUCAUCGGAAAGCAAGCCCAAAAUGCCCCCUUAAUGGAACUAAAAAGAGAAAACGAAAACCAAGGAUGAAUACCACAAAACAGUGGUUUCCCAAAGAAAACAUGGCUGGUCCUGGUGUCAACAUCCCUACUGCAGAGGCUGUUCCUAGUGUUGUUCCUGGUGUUGUUGCUGGUGCUGUUCCUAGUGUUGUUCCUGGUGUCAACACCCCAACUGCAGAAGCUGGCCUUUCAUCGCCUCCAAGAAAGAUUAGAAGAGUCGUACGCAAGAUUACACCGAAGAAGAAAGCCUCACUGCUGCUGCAGUUUGAAUCUGUCUAAUCUGUCUUGGACAGAUACAUACUAUUAAAGUGAUACAUACUAUUGCCUGACAGAUACAUACUAUUGCCUGACAGAUAGUGUAAUCUGUGUGAACAUGUGAACUUAUAUGUUUGAGUACCUGCAAUGGCAAGUGAUACAUACUAUUGCCUGACA